AUUAGAGGCAACGAGCUGUCCAAUGGCAAGUUUUCCGACCGAUGACACUGGAUAGUGGCAAAUCAGACAACCAAACCGUGUACAUGUUUGAGACAAAGCAUGGACAAGAUGACAAAGACAGAACUCAUUGUGGGUUAUCCGAGGCUUUGUAAACCGAAGCUUAUGAGGCAUCUAUUUAACUCUGAAAGCGAUAAUUAUGGGGAGUAUUUGUUGACUGAGCUAUAAGUACGUGGAUUAGCCCGUGUUCAUAUUCUGGGAUGUCUGUGUUUACCCUGUCAGAGCUUGCACAAGGCUCCACAGAGCAAAGAUGCAAGCAAACAAGAGUCCUAGCGCAACCUGCAUUGCAGUUGACGGUGCCUCUCUGUGCUACAGAAUCAUUGGGACCGGACCACUUCUUAUUCCGAUGCCUGGGGCAAAUGGCACCGGAAUGUUGUAUGAGCCAUUAGCCACUGCGCUCUCAUCACACUUCCGAGUUGCUCUAUAUGACCGCCGAGGAUUCGGAAACAGUCUCCUGGUCACUCCUGGAGAACCGGAUACGUCGAACCAUCUGAGAGCGCAAGCCGACGAUGUCGCCAGAUUGAUUCAAUAUUUAUCCCCAGGGAAGCCUGCGACAGUCUUUGCGGCUUCCGGCAGUGGGGUGAUGGCCAUUGAGCUCCUCCAGUCUCGUCCCGACCUUAUACAACAUCUAAUACUACACGAGCCACUUCUUUUCGAUCAUCUCCCUACUCCAUUCAAAUCGUAUAUCAAGGGUGGGGUGUUUAGUAGGGCCUUAAAGUACGGGGGGCGUGGGAAUGCGAGUGUUCGGCGCAUGUUACUUGCUUAUGUACAAGGCAAGCGUGACCAACGGAGAUUGGGUCAGGAUCCGCAUUACGCACGACUUAUUUCUCAACCGAUAGACGAGACUGCGCUCUUCUUCGAGUUUGAGUUACACAUAAUACUCGACUAUCAUUUCGAUCCCGAAAAUCUUCGGCCAUAUCAAGACAAAUUAGUUCUUAUGAAAGGAUUGGAUAUAUCACCGGAGCUCGCAAGUAUCCCGGUGAUUACUCUGUCUGACGCGCUUGGGACUUCUCUGGUGCUUACUCCUGGAGGACAUAACGGAUUUGUUACUGAUGCGGAGGAAUUCGCAAAAGAAAUGACCUCAGCUCUCGACAGUAAUAAGGCUAAGCUAUGACACCCCCGCAACAUUUUUAGGUUUAUUUACCCAUUGGCCGAGACGUUAUUGUUGAGAUAAAUUUAUUAGCAAAUCAACGGAUAUUCUGUAGCAUGCAGAUGAUAUCUAUCCUUUGCCACUUUUAUCAAUAGUACAAGCUAAAUCUGGUUAGCAAUAACCAGGCGUGCAUUGGAAAGAUGGCGAGUGAAAGGAUAGAACAGACUAUUCUGUUAAUCAA